ACAUACCAGGCCUAUGGUUUCAAAUAAACAAAAUAGUUAUGUUAAAUGUUACAACGUGUCUUUUUGUUUGCAACGUUUGCCCAUGUAUGUAUAAUAUUAACCGGUAUCGCCGCAUUAAAAAUAUCGAACUGUCAUAUGUUACAGUCAUGUGAUCUGUCAUCGUCAUUACUUCAGUUCAUCAUGGCGGCGGCUACGUCUGUUUUCCACAGAGUGAGAACUGGCUCUAAAAUAGGUGCCCAGUAUGACCAGGAAGGCAAUCUUAUUCAGGUGGAAACCCGAGAGGAUGAGGAGCAGAGCGUCAAGCUGGCGGAGAUCCUGGAGCUCCUGCUGGCUGCAGGAUACUUCAGAGCACGAAUUAAAGGAUUGUCACCUUUUGAUAAGGUGGUCGGUGGUAUGACCUGGUGCAUCACUACAUGUAACUUUGACAUUGAUGUGGAUCUUCUUUUCCAAGAAAACUCAACCAUUGGCCAGAAAAUAGCUCUGACGGAGAAAAUAGUGUCUGUUCUACCAAAGAUGAAGUGUCCUCAUCGCCUGGAGCCCCAUCAAAUCCAAGGGCUGGAUUUUAUCCACAUUUUUCCAGUGAUUCAGUGGCUAGUGAAGCGAGCCAUAGAGACCAGGGAAGAGAUGGGUGACUAUGUGAGAGCCUACUCCAUUUCUCAGUUCCAGAAGACCCACAGCCUUCCAGAGGAUGAAGAGUUCCACCAGAGGAAAGACAAGGCUGUGAGAGCAGUUCUGGAUGUACUGGAAGUGUACAAACCCCAGAGGAAGUACAGGAGGCAAAGGGAUGCAGGGGAGCUUCUGGAUGAGGAGUCAAGGGUUCACUCCACUCUGCUGGAAUAUGGCAGAAUGUCCCAUUUCCUCAUACGUUAUGGAUUCAGCAAACAGUCCAAACAAGACAAGGUGGACGAGAGGAAGGCUUCGCUGGCCACUGGCUCUCAGGCAGCACCCCCUGGAAUGGCAGAAGUGUCCGAGGAAGAAGACUUGCAGGCAGCGGAGGAGAUGCGAAUCAAAACCCUCAUGACCAGCAUGGCUGCCAUGGCAAAUGAAGAGGGGAAGCUAACAGCAAGUGCAGUGGGUCAGAUAGUGGGACUGCAGUCUGAGGAGAUCAAACAGAUUGCAUCUGAGUAUGCUGAGAAGCAGUCGGAGAUCUCGUCAGAGGAGCGCUCAGAGCGCUACGGGCCGCUGCAGAAACAUCGCAGGGCGGUGGCCUCACUCAACAAACUGAUCCAGCAGAAGACUAAACAACUGGAAGAGCUACAAGCCAAGCAUGCAGAGAUGAGAACCGGCUGUGACGAUGCCAAAAGAAAUCUGAUUGAGGCAACAGAGCAUUCUGAGAAGCUGUUGAAAGAGCUGAAGUCUUUAGGCGAGAUAGAGGAGCAGGCUGACAGCAGCUUGCUUGAGCAGCUGAGGGUUCUGGUGACAAUGAACGAGAACUUGAAGCAGCAGGAGCAGGAGUUCCGCACACACUGCAGAGAAGAGAUGGUCCGUCUGCAGCAGAACAUCGAGGAGUUGAAGGCGGCAUCAGGACAGGAUACAGAGGAGGAGAAGGAGAGGAACCAGCUGAUAGACAAACAGCACACCUCAGACAGAGAGAAACUACAGAAGAUCCGUUUGCUCAUGGCUCGGAAGAACCGUGAGAUUGCCAUCCUGCAGAGGAAGAUCGAUGAGGUGCCGAGCCGGGCUGAACUGACCCAGUACCAAAAGAGAUUCAUCGAACUCUACAGCCAAGUUUCUGCAACACAUAAAGAGACCAAGCAGUUCUUCACACUGUAUAACACGUUAGAUGACAAGAAGGUUUAUCUGGAGAAAGAGGUGAAUUUGCUGAAUUCCAUUCACGACAACUUCCAACAGGCCAUGUCGUCUUCAGCAACCAAGGAGCAGUUCCUCAGACAGAUGGAGCAAAUAGUGGAGGGAAUCAAACAGAGUCGCAUCAAGAUGGAGAAGAAGAAGCAGGAAAACAAAAUGAGGAGGGACCAGCUGAACGAUGAGUACCUGGAGCUGCUUGACAAGCAGAGGCUUUACUUCAAAACUGUCAAGGACUUUAAAGAGGAGUGUCGGAAGAACGAGAUGCUGAUGUCCAAACUGAGAGCGAAAGGAGCCUCUUAGUCCUGGCAUUACUCUUGGUUAGCUGUCUUUUUUAUUUAAAUGAAAUAUAUUAUCGUUAUUACAGAUAAUGAUUGGGGUAUGAUUUACCAUUCCACGUCAUUUCUCCAUGUGGCUAAUAAGGUUGUAAACCAACACUUGGGACUUGCAUCUUAAACCCUGUGAGAGGAGUACUGGACAUUACAUUCACACUGUGCUCUUUGUAUGUGCCAAAUCCAGCUGACUGAAAAACCGAAUUGCCUUUAAUUGGUCAAUUCAAAAUAGGUUCUUAGGUUUUUUCGCAUAUUUUUGGCAUAACCUUCGCCACAAUGUUCACAAAUUACCAGACACUUUCUUAGAAUCUAGUCAGCCCAUUUCUUAAAAAGUGUUGUAUUUCUAAAUGAACAAUAUGAUAUUGUUAAUAAUAAUAACAUCUAAUAUCUGAUAGGUUAAAUCUAAUCAUACCUCAACUAACAUUUACCUUUUAUAGCUGUACUAGGCACUAAAAGAUCCAUCCAUGUCUUCAUGUUGAUCAUAAAGUGGGGCCGCAACAGACGAGAUACCCACUAUUUGUGUUUGCUGAUCUUACCUCACAGGAUUUUAAGGAACUUAAGUGCUUAAUUUCAUUAUAAAAAGUGCUGUGUGAAGAUUCCCUGUGCUGCUUUGCACAUAACUCUUCAGGUUCUUGUUAAGAUCAUUGCCAAUGGUGGGGUUCUUAUGUGCCUCUGAAAUGGAAUUCACCUCAUGUCUUAGAUUUGCCUUUUGUCACCUUCCAAUGACUAUGUACAACCAUUAUUUAAUAAAUAACAGGAUUUAAAUGCCUUUGGUG